AUGUCGAAUACUCCCAAUAAAUCAACACCUGAACCUGAAAGUACUGUCUUUCACGGAUCGAUAUUUGAACAUCCUCAUUUGCAUCAUAGUGUAUCAGAGAGGUCAAUAUCACCACGCCACGUAUCAAAAGAAAGUCAAAACCACAACCACAACCACCAACAACAACAACAAGCAUCUAACAGUCUCAACUUCUCAGAUCAAGUAUCAGGAUAUGAUUAUCCAUCGGCAACUAUUGAAGAACAAAUAGAUUUACGACUCGCGUCGUCUAAUAAUCCUACUAUUGUUAUGGAAUUAGACUUGGAUGGAAAUAUCCGUUAUUUAAGUAAAAAUUGGGAAUAUAUUGUUGGAACAAAUAUCAAGAAAAUUGUUAAUCGACACAUUUCGAAAAUUAUAAUUGGUAAUAAUGAUGAUGAUUCUCAAGUAUUUAACAUUGCUAUAGAUGCCAUGACUCGAGAAGAUAUUAGUUAUAAAGUGAAAUUUAUAACUGCUACAAAUCAUACUCAAAGAAAUAAAGAUGGUGAAGAAGUCUAUAAUGAUUUAAAUGAUUUAUUAUUAAGUCGGUCUCACGAUGAUGAACAAUCAGGGAUUUUAACUCCUCAUAAUUCUAUGGAAGAUAUGGCUAAAAACGAUAAUAUACCUGUAAAUAAUUAUUUUGAAAAACAACAACAACAACAGCAGCAGCAGCAACAGCAGCAACAGCAACAUUUAGAACUGUCACAACAAGAACCUGAAAAAAUUGACACUUCUGAUACUUCUAGUACUUUAUCAUCAGAAAUAUCUAAUGAUGGAGAAAUUAUCGAAUUGGAAGCACAAGGUAUAUUAAUUCAUGAUGCCAAAACAAAAUUACCAACCCAUUCAAUGUGGACUAUAAGACCUUUUAAAGAGAUUGAUUUAGAAUUGACAUUACCUAUUGCUUUAAUCGAUUUAUUAGGGUUUGGAUCAGAAAUAUUUGAAGGAUAUUUGGUUAGUCUUAAAAAUUUAGGGAUAAUCGAUGAAGAAAGUGUUCCACAACCGAAAAUGAUCUUGUGCAGAAUUUGUGAAACCAAUAUACCUGCUUGGUUUAUCGAAAAACAUUCUGACUUAUGUGUUUUGGAACAUAGGGCCGCUGAGAAAUUACAACAAUAUCAUGAUGCUAUUGGUGAACAAAAAGAAUUGGUGAUUCGUAUAUCGGAAAGUUUAGCUGUUUCCAAUCAACUGCUUCCAUUAUUGUCGUCAUCACUGGGAGGUUCUUGUUCUGGAUUGAAUACUCCACCACCACAAUUAUUGACAAAUCAAUCACUUUUAGCAUCUUCAGCAUCUUUAGUAUCAUCGGCUUCAUCUAGUUCAUCUGAAGGAGAAAGUUCAAGUCUGUCUUCACAUUUAAUUUUAGAAUAUAAGGGGUUACCAUUACCAAAUAUGUCAGAUUAUCCAUCACCAAAAUUGGCUAAUAAAAUAUUGACGAAAAAUUUCCAAUCGAAAAACAAACAUGCAUUAAUGUUUUCUAAAAAAUUCCCGUUUGGAAUUUUACAAAGAAUAGUAGAAUUAUGUGAUGAGGCAUUAUUAGUAAAUCCUCCUUCAACAAAUGAAGACAAUAUUUUAGCAUUUUCUCCUGGGUCCGAAAAGGCAUUGAAUGUUGUCAUGAGUUCAAGCUUUUUGGAAACUUCUGAUGUGGCAAUUAAACAAUUAAUUGAAGAUACUCAAGAAUUGAUUAAUGAUAAAAUGGAAACUUUAUCGAGAUUAGUUUCAAUUUUACAAUUUCUGGAGAAAAUCAAACAUGAAGUAGAUACUUUGGUGUUAUGUACAGUUCGAGAAACUGUUGAAAAAAUCAAGAAUCAAACUAUUUUGGAAUCAAGAGAAUGUACACCAAUUAAUAAUGAUAGUCUGAUAAGUAUUAAUGAAGAAGUGGUGCCGUCAAGGUUAGAAACUUCAAACAUCAAAGACCAACAACAGACACAAAUUGAAGAACCACCACCACCACAACAACAACCAACACAAAAUAUACAAGACAAUUACCAGGAGCAACCUAUUUCUGAAACACUUAAUUUGACAACAACAACAACAACAGCAUCAACUUUACAAGCGCCAAAGCCUCACAAGAGUAUUAGUCCAAUUAUUUCUGAUUUGCUUACACCUGGUGAAAAUGUAAUAACUCCUAAAGAUAUACUAUUGAAAGAAUCUAAAUCAUACAAUACCUCAAUGUCAGCUUCACCUUUGAAUCGGUCUGGUUCUAGUUUAUGUACCCCAAGACCACAAUCAAUGGUAGCACCAGUUUCAACUUCUAACUCUUCAAGAGAUUUAUUAGAAUCGAUUCAAGUAUUAGAUUUAUCGAAACGAUCAUCAGAAAACAAUUCCCAAUAUUCAUCACCAAGACGUCAUUUAUCUCCAGCACCACCACCAUACGUUGAGAAAUCCAAUUUAACAACAUUACAGAAAAAUACUGCUGCCACACCAAUUGCAUCACCAUCAUUAACAACUAUGGAAGAUAUUAAUGCAUCUGCUACUACUACUACUACUACUAACAUUGGUGGUUAUGGAGGACUAGGGGAUAAAAAAAUCACUCAUUUGUCAUUGAAUACACAAGUGCCGAGUCAACCAUCAUCGGCAAUGAGUUCUAGUGUAAAGAGUGCAACUAUACGACCACCAUUAUCACCAUUAUUAGUAUCUACACAACAACCACAACCUCGAUUAAGUACUGGCGGCAUUCGAGAUUAUCAAGUGAUUAAACCUAUUAGUAAAGGGGCAUUUGGAUCAGUUUUUUUAGGUAAACGGAAAUUGACAGGUGAUUAUGUGGCGAUUAAAUGUUUGAAAAAAAGAGAUAUGAUUGCUAAAAAUCAAGUUUUAAAUGUUAAAUCUGAACGAGCAGUAAUGAUGAGACAAUCUGAUUCACCUUAUGUUGCUCAAUUAUAUAGUAGUUUCCAAUCGCGAGAUUAUUUAUAUUUAGUGAUGGAAUAUUUAAAUGGAGGAGAUUGUGCAAAUUUGCUUAAAACGUUGGGUGUCAUUGGAGUCGAUUGGACACCAAGAUAUAUUGCUGAAAUAAUUGUGGGUGUUGAUGAUUUACACAAUAGAGGAAUUAUUCAUCGAGAUUUGAAACCAGAUAAUAUUUUAAUUGAUAAAAAUGGACAUUUGAAAUUGACUGAUUUUGGUUUAUCUCGAUUAGGUGUUGUUGGAAGACAACAAACACAACAACAUCGUAAAAGCAGUACCAAUGAACAAGGUAUUGAAUUAUUUAGAAGUAUGUUACUGGAAGAAUCAAAUCAAAAGAAAGUUAAUCCUGGGAUAGGUACUCCAUUUUCAUUAUCACCAAGUUUAGAACAAUCAAGAGUGUCUUUUAAUAGUCAGCAACAACAACAACAACAACAACAAAUGGGAGUACCUGCUGGUAAUGCCCCAUCAGUGUCUUCAUUAGCAGCAGGUGAAAAUUUUGUUUUAUCUAGUACAUCUCCAACUUUGGCUUAUUUAGAAAGUUUUAAUUCACUUUCAUCAGUAUCAACUCCUACGGGUGCCACACAACAACAACAACAACAGCAACCACCGCCAAAACCUUUUGUUAAAUCAUCCAAUGGAAGAUCUGGUUCAAGUGGAUUUGAUUCACCAAUAUUAAAACCAAUAAUUCCAAGAACAGAAUCAGAAUCAUCAUUUGCCAUUAUGGAUGAUGAACCUAGUCCUGGACCUACAACUGAUUAUGCAUUAUAUAAUCCCGAUAAUUAUAAAAAUGAGGGUGCUACAGCAACAACAGCAACAGCAGCAACAGCAGGAACUGGAGGUGGAGGAGAUGUCAAUGCUGGUGAUGGCGGCGGUGCUAAUAUUAAAAAGUUUGUUGGUACACCUGAUUAUUUGGCACCAGAAAUCAUUAAAGGAUCAGGAGAAAAUGAAUCAUCUGAUUGGUUUUCUGUUGGAGUUAUAAUGUUUGAAUUUCUUUAUGGAUAUCCGCCAUUUCAUGCUGAUACUCCGGAAAAAGUUUUCAAUAAUAUUUUACUGGGGAAAAUUGAUUGGCCAGAAUUAACACCUGAAGAAGAUAUGAAAUUUUGUCCACCUGAUGCUAAAGAUUUAAUUAAUAAAUUAUUAGUAAUGAAUCCUGAAGAAAGAUUAGGAUUUAAUGGAGCUGAUGAAAUUAAAAAUCAUCCCUAUUUUAAAAAUAUUCAUUGGGAUACAUUAUUUGAAGAACCAGCUCCAUUUACACCAAUGUUAGAUGAUCCAGAACUGACUGAUUAUUUUGAUUCAAGAGGAGCAAUGAUGACUCAAUUUCCUAAAGAAGAGGACCUGCAACUGCUGCUGCUGCUGCAACUGCUGGAUGGUGAAACCAAACCAGAAGAAAAUGAAAAUGAAAAAGAUAUUGUCGUCACCACAAACACAAGAUCAUCAUCUACGGGACAUAUUAUUCAUCGACAAAAAAGUCUUGAUCGGAAUAGUAGUAUUAGUAGUAAUGAUUCUGGAUCAUUAUCAUUACCUGGAUCUUCAAGUAUUAAUAAUAUUACUCCUACCACUACAAAAAAGGAAAGAAGAAGUAGUAAAUUGGCUGAUCCUAGUGAAUUUGGUUCAUUCCAUUUCCGAAAUUUGGCUGUUUUGGAAAGACAAAAUAAAGAUGUUAUUAAUCGAUUGAAAACAGAGCAUUUAGAACAUCGUGGUAGUUUUUCUACUUCUUCAUCAUCAGAAUCAACACCAACAGGAAGACUGAGAGGAUUUUCAUUUGGUAAUGCUGGUAAUAGUGGUAGUUCCAGUAGUGGUGGAGGUGGAGGUGGAGGUGGAGUUGGGACAAGUGGCUCACCAUUUAAACGUCCAAUUUCUCCACCAUCGUUUAAUGCCAAUCAAUCAAGUGGAUUAGGACUGCCAGUUAUAACUACAUCAUCAGGAGCAAUGGGAAUUAUCAAUACAACAAAUCCAGUCAACAUUACCACUACUAGUAGUAAUCAUAAUCAUCAUAAUAGUUUUAAUACUGUUGGUGGUCUUGGAAUUGGUACAGCUACAGCUACAACUGCGGCUGCAACUACAGCUACUACAACAACAGGUAGUAUUCGAUCAGCAUCACCUCAUCGAUUAUUUGAAAGUCCGAAUAUUCCCAAACAUGAACGUAUACCAUCAGCUACAAGUGCAUAUUCUAGUGGUGAUGAAAUAAUGAUAAGUCCACUGUUAAUGAUUCAUCAUGAUGAUAGAAAUCAUCAUUCAAGAAGUAGUAGUUUGCCAUAUCUACAAACUAUUACUAAACAACCCAGUUUCCUGUAUUUGAAUCAUAAUCAUAUAAUUCGAGAUUUUUCAUCGCCAAAUUCAUCAGAUCUGGAAGAUACUACUAAAUCAAAUGCAUUAUUACGAGUUCAAAGAAGACGUGAAAGUUCACGUAUGUCAACAGAGUUAUUACUGGGCACUAAUACUGGUGGUGGUGGUGGUGCCGGUGGUGGAACCACUAGUAGCAAUAAUAGCAGUGUAAUUGUUGCUGAUCUUGAUGUAUUAUAUUGUGAACCUAUUUCUGUGAUUCGUCAUAGUGUGGUGAAAUUAUUAGAAAAAGCGGGAUGUAUAGUGGUCUCGGUUACAGAUGGAGAAGAAUUAAUUAAACGAGCAACAUCACAAGUUAAAUUUGAUUUGAUUUUCACUGGAUUGAAAAUAUCAAAAGUUGAUGCUAUAGAUGCUGUUAAAUUAAUUAAAUUUACUAGUGGGAAAAAUCGUAAUACACCAAUAAUUGGGAUUACCGAGAAUAAGAAUAAAAUUGAUGAUGAUAUUACUACUAGUAGUACAUUUGAUUAUAUUAUUGAACCUAAUCUUGAAGCAAUUUCUAAAGUUUGUCGGAUAUUACGUAGUUAA